AACAGGCGGCGGGGAGCCUGAGGCAGCGGCGAUGAGGAGAGGAUCCGGUGGCUGAUGGAGUCGCUGGCGGCCUAUGUGUACAAGGCGGCGAGUGAGGGCCGGGUGUUGACGCUGGCCGCGCUGCUGCUCAACCGCUCGGAGGCCGAAAGCCGGCGGCUGUUGGCACAAGUGAGCCCGGGGCCUGAAGCCGGGCCUGGGCCCGGGCCCGGCUCCGGACAGAGAGCUACCCCCCUCAUCGCCGCCGCCCGUAACGGUCACACUAAGGUCGUGAAGCUGUUGCUGGAACAUUACCGGGUAGAGACCGAACAGACCGGCACCGUCCGCUUCGACGGCUAUGUCAUCGACGGCGCGACCGCCCUGUGGUGUGCGGCGGGAGCGGGGCACCUCCCGGUCGUUCGGCUCCUGGUCGCUAACGGCGCCAAUGUCAACCACACCACGGCCACCAACUCCACCCCGCUCCGCGCCGCAUGCUUCGACGGCCGCCUGGAUAUCGUCCGUUACCUGGUGGAGAACCGCGCGGACAUCCGCAUCGCCAACAAAUACGACAACACCUGCCUGAUGAUCGCCGCGUACAAGGGGCACGCCGAGGUGGUCAGGUACCUGUUGGAGCAGCACGCAGAUCCCAAUGCCAAGGCACAGUGUGGGGCUACUGCACUGCACUUUGCUGCUGAAGCUGGCAAGCUGGAGAUUGUGAGGGAGCUGGUGAAGUGGCAGGCGACCAUGGUGGUGAACGGCCAUGGGAUGACUCCCCUCAAAGUGGCAGCGGAGAGCUGCAAGGCAGAUGUGGUGGAGCUGCUGCUGACGCAUGUGGACUGUGACCGGAGGAGCCGAAUAGAGGCGCUGGAGCUGCUCGGUGCCUCUUUUGCCAACGACCGGGAGAACUAUGACAUUGAGAAAACCUACCACUAUCUGUACCUGGCCAUGCUUGAGCGACACCGUGACCCCAACAACCCAAUGGAGAAAUCCACCCUACCUUCCAUCGAGGCUUACAGCGGGCGGACUGAGUGUAGGACCCUGUCGGAACUUGAGGCCAUCCGACAGGACAGGGACGCCCUCCACAUGGAAGGGCUGAUUGUCCGUGAGCGGAUUCUGGGCUCUGACAAUAUUGAUGUUUCCCAUCCUAUCAUUUACAGGGGGGCAGUGUAUGCAGACAACAUGGAGUUUGAACAGUGCAUAAAGUUGUGGCUCCAUGCCUUGCACUUGCGACAGAAAGGAAACCGAAACACCCACAAAGAUCUCUUGCGGUUUGCUCAGGUCUUUUCUCAGAUGAUACACUUGAAUGAGCCUGUGAAACCUCAGGAUGUGGAGAGUGUCUUGAAAUGCAGUGUCCUGGAAAUAGAAAGGGGUUUGUCACGGAUCAAAGACUCCUCUGAGGUGGACCUCCAUGCAGCCAUGGACAAUUGUGAGUCAAACAUUUUUACCUUCCUAUACCUCAUGUGUAUCUCCACCAAAACCCAGUGCAAUGAGGAGGAGCGGGCCCGCAUCAACAAACAGAUCUACAAGCUAAUUCACCUGGAUCCCCGGACCCGAGAGGGCUCCAGCCUGCUGCAUUUGGCGGUGAAUUCUGGCACGCCAGUGGAUGAUUUUCACACCAACGACGUGUGUAGCUUCCCUAGUGCGCAAGUUACCAAACUGCUGCUCGACUGUGGGGCUGACAUGAAUGCCGUGGACAAGGAUGGCAAUGGGCCACUGCAUAUCAUCGUGCAGUACAACCGGCCCAUCAGCGACUUCCUCACACUGCAUGCUAUCAUCAUGAGUCUGGUGGAGGCUGGCGCUCACGCUGAUAUGACCAACAAACAGAAGAAGACUCCACUGGACAAGAGCACCACUGGUGUGUCUGAAAUCCUCCUCAAGACUCAGAUGAAAAUGAGCCUCAAGUGCCUGGCUGCCCGAGCAGUCCGAGUUCAUAACAUCAGCUAUAAAAGCCAGAUUCCUCAGGCAUUGGAAGAAUUUGUAGAAAUCCAUUGACAUUCUCAGUAGCUCAGAUGAUUCUUUAUGAAACUGGUACUAGAUAUGAAAGGUUCAUAGCUCACGAAAGAACGUAGGGACGAACGAGGUUGUGAAGGUCUUUUACACGGGGCAGAGCAGCAAUUGGAAAACAUCUACACUCAGUGUAAUACGUAUUUGGCUGUUUUGAAGGUUGAGAUUAGUUCCUCAUUGCAAACAUUCAGGCGCCCAUAAGUCUGAUUCCUUGGCUCAUGUUACCUGCUUUAAAUCAUUGGAACAAAAUGGAGAAAAUAACCAUCCUCCCAACUAGAAUGCCAGUGGAAUAAAACCAUAUCAUGCUUCAUUUGUUGAAUCUGUUGCUGCUUUAGUAAAUCCAUCUGCUGUCUCUUUCUGUUGCGCUGUCACACUCCUGCGUUCGCUCACUUGCACACUCUCUCCUUCAAAUGUAGUGUCAAAGCCUAAAUAAUUGUGCUCUCCAACAUCCAUGCUGGUGCCAGUUCUCUAAUUUUUGAGCAGUGGGAGGAAUACAGAUCACACUUUUGAACUUGUUUCUAAUAAUUGAUUUUAUUGUUUAGAUUUAUGUUUGGAAAUUUUACUUUCAGCUAGAAAUAUGUAUUUUAAAAAUUCAAAGUCCUGUAACUGAAGGUUGAACUUUGGAAAGAUAAACCACUUUUUUUGGUGGAAAUGCAGAAUUGAGAGAUCUCUGUUGAUUAAGCAAUGAAAGAGUCUGACUUAAUUUUUACUUGAUUCAUCCAAGUUUCCUGUUGGCUGAGAUGUAAAAGGGAAUAUGUUUGUGGGCAUGGGGACCUUUUUACGUGGCUAAUCUUGUGGCUAAAGUAAGUUACAAGGAUGGCAAUAAAAACCUCCAGAAGCAUUUGUGAAUCAAUGCAAUUAUUUUAGAGGGUAACGGUGUGAAAGAAGGGGCGAUGAAACAGUUCCCAGCCAAUAUCAGUUUAAUUAAUUAAAUAUCAAUCUUAAUCCUUUUAAAGUUGCAUGUCAAUUUUUAGAAAAUAUUUGAAGACAUAAAGGAUUGUUCCCAAUUUUGCCUGCUGACGAGUGUGUUCUUUGUCUUUUAAUUGGUGAUUUUUUUUUCCAACCUUUCUUGGAAAUAUUCUGGGACUCUAACUUGUUGUAUAGUUUCCAAACACGCCUCCACUAUUAUUGUAGCAUAAAAUUGCUCCUUAUCAGAGAAUGGGGAAGGGAAAACUGUGCAGAAUAGGACUAUUAUGGUAUUAGGAUUGUAGAAUUUUGCAGCGUGGCAGACGGCAUUCAUCUCGCUAUAUUCUACGUAAGUUCUGUCUAGUUAGGUGCUCUUCUUCUGCUCUCUACUUUCCUCCUAUAGCCUUAAUACGACAGCAAAUACAAAUUGUCAUGUCUUCGUACUUUCUUAAACCUACAGGGAACAAUGGUCACCAAUUUAUAGAGAGCUGCAAACCUAAUGGUUGUACUGAAAAUUAAGAUAUAGGUAGGUGUGAAAUUGUCCUGACUUUGUCUGUAGGAAUGCCUUGAUUUCUUUCUUUUUUUUAUUUUUUUAAAAGGAAAUAUUUCUUUGCCUGAAUUAUUAGAACUCUCACUCGUGCUAGUGUUUUAAUUUUUGUUUCUUGCUUACUUCAUCGUCUUAGUGCCAAAAUGUCUUGUAUAAUCUUGAUUAUAUUUUAUGGAACAUUCUUAAUUUUAUCUCUACAAGCUGGUCAGCACAAGUAAUAGAACUGCAGUCAAAAGUACUUGAGUAACUAGAGAUACUGUCUCCAACUGCAACCCAGUGGGAAUCGUGAUUACCCACUUAUCUCAUUGGAUGAACUUUUUCUGGGUUUGUAGUCUGUUUUUGCAGCCCCUACUGAAUUGCCUUAUUUUUUAAGCCUAACGUGAAUAGCUAGAAGACAGCCCGUUCGCAUCUAGCACCCCAUGUUGCCCACACUUCCACAGAGUCACUGGUCAUAAACUGGAAGUACAGGCUGCCUUCAUCCCUGGGUGGAGACAAUUUAUACGAGUUUCAGUGCUUCCCAACUGAAUGCUCAAUUGGGACUUAAACUGGUAAACUACGUAGGCAGUGUCCAUUCUACUUGCUAGGGAGUGAUGUCUUUUAGUGGGAUUGGUGUGUGCACUCCCGUUAUUUUCCCUGGGGACAACAGUGGUUCAUAUUUUAAAAUGAGGAUUCAAAGUUUAGUGAUUCAGAAUAUCUUGUUAUUAACAGCUGAAUGACUCCUGACUGCAUCAAUGCUGUUUUUAACUUUCUAGUUUUAUUCCUGGAAAAGAAUAACUGUUAAAUGUUUCACGUAGAGGCCGCUGUAGUAUUGAGGCAAAUCUGUGCUUGAAUUUAGAUGAUUAUUGAUGUAGUUUAUGGUGUAGUGUUUGCACGCAAAGUAGAGGUUUGCUGCCUUAGGCAGCUGUGGUGUAUUUGAUUAAGUACUGAGUGGGUGGUGUAUUUGGAACUUGUGCUGAAUAUUCUUGGGGAAAGGUUGCACAAUUGGCAACUGGAACAAUUCCUCUGAGUUCAUUUCAGAUCACUGACCCCAAAGGUCUCACAAUCUGCCUGUAUUUGAUAUUCUCUUUGAAAUGAUUGAUGUUGUGACAUUUUCUUCACAUUUAGCCAUUGUUUUAAAAUAAUGUUUUGGAUUUUUGACACAAGUGGUUGAACAUUUUUUUUAAGAUUUGUUUUGAAAUGUUUUGUGGACACUGCUUGGCUCAGUGAAUAACCUUAUGCUCUGAGCAAUUUGGACUAGGAAGAUUCCAGAUCUAUAUCACAUUUGCAAUUAGCCUUGUCAUCGCUGAACUAGAGAGGAAAAAAUGGGGAGGGAUUCCCAGUCUUGGUUACGGUCACUUAUUGGUAAAUGUAUGUGUGACCGUUGGAUGUUGAAUUGAUUCAAACCAUGGGUCAUUGCUACAAGGACACUGUCUAGACCAGCAUAUUAUGAACCGAUACUGGGGAGCACUUGUGAAGUUCAGGUUUCUUGGGAGCUAACUGAAAAAAAAGUAAUUAAUUUAAUCAUCAACAUUGCAAAUUAUUUUUGCCCUGUUUUCAUCACGUUUUACAUUCUACAGAUCUGUUAAUGACCAUGGCAUCGUUUGUGAUAAGGUACUUAGAGUUUGCAGUCGUAACGGAGUGUGGGCAGAUAUCAGUCUAAAAUGUGUUGGAUUGACAUAACAUUAAACAUGCCAACUGUGCAUCUAAAGAACUGGCUUCUUAAGUGUCGCUGUCUGUAUCCCCUCUGGUAAGAGCGAUGUAGUAACCAACAUGUAGAGAAAGCUUGGAUCUAAAUGCUCCAGGGAUACUUUUUAAGGGUGUUAAAUUUUAUUUUCCACUAGCCCAUUCCUAAGGCUACAGUCUGCAAACUGAGUGUUGUGUAGAAUUGUAUGGAAUGAAAUUGAAUGAAUGCAUUACCACCAAACGCCUUAAUAAUGGAUUAAAAUAAAGGAAGGGAGAAGGAAAACAUUCUCAUUUCACAGCCCAAAUGAUCUUUUCUGAUUUUUGACUUAUGAUGUACAGUUGGUCUUCCUACAAGAGCUGUGCUUUUGCAGAGUUUAUUUAAAAAUAUAUACCCUGUGUAUCUGAUCAAUUUGCAGCUUCUGAUUUGUGGUUUUUGGUAAAGUAAGACAAAUCAGAACAUUGUGCUGUUCUGUCUGUAAUAUUACAUGUCUAUCGAAGAAGAGAAUCUAAAUGUUUAGCAGUAUAAAUCAGCAAUGAGGGAUAAUAUUGAAAAUUCAGGAUGGAGCAGAAACUAUUUAACUUGAAUUGAAAUGACUUGGCAUUUUGCACUAUAACUCCUCAGGACCUACAGCUAAUGUAACUGUUUUCUCACAGUUCCCAAGAUGCAGAUUUAUUUUCCCUUCGCUUUUGAAGCGCACUGCUACUUGGAAAAUUGGGUUUGCUGUUUGUAUUUUUAAACUCCCCUUUAAUCUCAUUUUCCACCGAAUUAUAAUAUUGUACUUCUUUUGUUGGAAAGGGAUGAGAUAUGUAACAUUCAUUUCCUGUAUUUUGUAAAAUGUGUUUUCUUUUGUUAAAUGACCCUGUGUGUACACUGAAACAAAGUCAGGACUUGUCAUUAAAAGUCAGAGAUAGUGAC